CACUGGCAGCGAAGCGCAGGGGGCUGCGCGCGCUGCCGCCCGUUCCCAGCACUUGUGCAGACUCCUCCGGGGAAGAGCGGCCUCCGCGGUCAUCUCCAACGCAAUUCUGCCUUUGAAGUGUCGGGGCACGGUGCGUCGAGGGCCCUGGCGGCCAGGCGGAGCGUGUGCAGGGGUCGCGUCCCCCCCGGGCCCCUGGCCCGUGGCUCUUGGUAGAGCCCAGUGCUUCAUUUCCCGUGCGCGGCCGGGGCGGCCCUCCCUUUCAUCAGUCUUCCCGCGUCCGCCAAUUCCUCCUCCUUGGUCGCCGCGUCCUUGUCUGGCGUGAGGCCAAAGCAAAAUGAGGAGCGGGAAGGCCUCCUGCACCCUGGAGACCGUGUGGGAAGACAAGCACAAGUAUGAGGAGGCCGAGCGGCGCUUCUACGAGCACGAGGCCACGCAGGCGGCCGCCUCCGCCCAGCAGCUGCCAGCCGAGGGGCCAGCCGUGAAUGGGCCCGGCCAGGACGACCCCGAGGACACUGAUGAGGCAGAGGCCCCUGACGGCGGCAGCAGGAGUGAUCCCAGGAAGAGCCAGGACAGCAGGAAGCCCCUGCAGAAAAAGAGGAAGUGCUCCCCCAAGAGCGGGCUGGGCCCCGCGGACCUGGCCCUCCUGGGCCUCUCGGCCGAACGCGUGUGGCUGGACAAGUCCCUUUUCGACCAGGCAGAGAGCUCCUACCGCCAGAAGCUGGCAGAUGUGGCUGCCCAGGCAGCCCGGCCUCCUGCCUUGGCCCCUUGGGGUCUCUGCACCCACGGAAGCCAGGUGGCCUGCCACCACGUGACCUGGGGGAUCUGGGUCAACAAGUCCUCCUUCGACCAGGCUGAGCGGGCCUUCGUGGAGUGGUCUCAGGCCCUGUUGCUGGCCCCCGAGGGCAGCCGCAGGCAGGGGACUCCCAACACAGGCCAGCAGGUGGCCGUCCCCGACCUGGCCCACCAGCCCAGCCCACCGGUCAAUGGCCAGCCCCCGCUGGGCAGCCUGCAGGCACUGGUUCGGGAGGUGUGGCUGGAGAAGCCCCGGUAUGAUGCAGCCGAGAGGGGCUUCUACGAG